AUGUCAUCCCGCCCCUCAUCCACAUCACACGCGUACGCAUCAGCCCCUACAGUCCCCUCGGCUCUUCACCUACUAGCGGCCCCUACCCCGACCCUCCUCGACGCCGCUCUUCCGGGCUAUCUCCUCCCGCAGGUCGUCCGCCUGCUGCGCGAAUCGGCAGAACACGUCGUCCGGCGCCGUAUAACCCGCGAGGAGGAGCUCCGGGCGGAAGGGCUUAUACCAGGCGGGGGAAAGGGCAAGGGGAGGGCAGAAGGGGAUGUACGCGAGAUGAUUGAUAAAGAGGGGUCGGACAGGGUGGAGCGGAUCGGGCUCAUGGUGGGGGGGUAUAUUGCCGAGAAGUUGAUGGUCGCUAGACAACCACUGGCUUCUCAUCUGGAUAUCAUCAAGUUCAUCUGCAAAGACUUGUUUCUGUUUGUAUACUCGAAACAGAUCGAUAAUUUGCGAACGAAUCAUCGCGGCGUCUUUGUACUCCAAUCACACGCCUUCCCACCACUCACCUCCCUCUCAUCUCACCGCGGCCCCGCAGCCGAUCUGGAAGCUGCCAAAGCUCACCUCGUCUUUCCCCAAGCGCUCGUUCAAGGCGCACUAGCCCGUCUGGGUAUGGCCGCAUACGUUACAGCGGAAUGUUCAGGUCUGCCGCAGUGCACGUUCCAGAUCCGGACGGUCAAGUCGACGCAGCAGCCCCCUACACCAUCAGUGAUAGGUACGCCAGCAGGUGGGACGCCUCAAGUCGGCGCGUCGGGUGGUCCGGGAGUAGGGGCGGGAGGUGCGGGCGCAGGCGCGGGAGGGCACAGACCACCGCCUAUCGGAGUGGGACAUUUGGGGCUGGGUAUAGGUCAAUCGUGA